UGAUUGAACCAAUGCCUGCUGCCUUUUCCCCGGCCGCUACCUGUACUCAAGAUCUAAUGUUAGCCCCCUUUUUCCCCUUUGCUCAACCUCGACGUCACCUCCGGCUUCCUUGCCUUCGUUUUGUGUUUUCUUUUCUCUCCCUCCCUCGCCUGUUCAUGUUACAGCGACGCCCUGACUUUCUCUGUUUCGCCGCCUCUCCAACAGCACAGAACCCGCCCAUGCGCGUGCGGUUUCCGCCCUGAUGCGAACACCGUCUGUCUGCCCACCCUCGCCGCCGCAAACAAGGAAAAUCAGGAUACCGAGCAUCGCUCAGCCAUUCUAUUCACAGCGGCAUCGCCAGACCCUUCCCUGCCGUCGUCGCAGCUCCCGCCUCUCGCUCAGUCCCCUAAGUGCGCAUUGGCUGCCUCCAGGGUCUCUGGCUUCCGCCUGCCGCCGCCCUCGAGGUUUGAUCCCGUCUCGUCAUUUCAUGCGCUUCGCCUAAACACGAAAAACCCUAGCAGCCGUCGCCUCCGCCUCCCACCGUCUCCGUUUAGGUGACGCAGCAGUGGCGCUGUGCCAUCCGCCCUGACCCAUCCCUACUCCUCCCCGCCGACCUGCGUUUCCGCUUUGUGACCCUGCACGUUACAUGCUUCCCGCCGAAGAGAACGCCCAGGAACGAUUUUGAGCAGCGCACCAACGCACCGACACCGCAUACUUCGACGACGACGCCGCCGCAUUCCAGUCUUGCGAGACAUUUACGGCCCGAUUACCGAGAUAACAACUACGUCACGGGGGUUACUGCGACUCCUGUGCCCCAUCGACCCCCGUAAUAAACAAACGGCCUGACGAGGCAGUCUUUCGCCGAUUCCUCCUUUUUCCCUUUCUCUGCUUUCUGCCUGACCCCACACGGCCUGGGCCGCAUCUCGAACCAUGGCGACCCCGCGGCCCGGCCUUCUCGACCUGCGCACACAGUCGCAGGCCUCUGUCUCCCGACCUCUCAGAUCACCAAGGCUUCACGUUGCUGGCGAAGCUCCCCCGGAGCUUUCUCCUCUCGAUGCCUUCGCCCUGCACAGCCGGAUGCUUGCCCGGCAGCUGGAGGAGAGCGCGAAGGCCGGCAGAAGAAUGAGCAGGUUGCCUCCACUGACAACCGAAAGCCCUCUUGUGGUCCAGGGGAGGUCCGACUACUUUCGAUCAAUGUCGCAAGAUUCGCUCUCCGAUCAUGCCGACUCGCCGCAACCGCUAUCUGCCCCCGGUCUGGGAAAUAAGGCCGAGGUGGAGGAGCUCCCGAAUAGGCCAGUAUCGAUGCAUCCACGGAUGAGUCGUAUCCCAGCCACGCCCGACGCGCCCUUGCCAUUCAUACCACCGAACCCGUUCCUUGACCUCAACCGCGGUCGGGUACCCGAGCGGAUCGAGGAGAACGAUGGGCUUUUUGGUGCGAGGACGGAGCGCUCUCCCUCGCCCAUGAGCAGCAUAGCAGGGUCUGAAAAGACUCCCGAGCCUGUGUCGCCGCAGCGCCGGCCUACAUCUGGGGCAGGCCAAACCCAGACGCAGGGCCAGUUGCUAGAGAACAUAAAAGCUAGCUCGUUCGACCUCCAUGGUCUUGCACCUCCACGGGCUCAUCUGCCGAGCAGAUCACCCAGCACCAUGUCCACGCCCACAGAGUCGUCAUACGGAGAGGGCUGGCGCUCAUCCAUGAGCAAUUCCCAUCCUUCCAACAAUAUGCGCAAGCUGUCGGCGAGCAGUGGCACAGGAUUCCACUCUCCGGCAGCGAAUUCGUACCAGAGGUCCCCGUCUAUCAGCUCGGAUAUGUCUGGUCCUCUUCCAAAGCCGUCCUUCAACUUCUCGAGACCUCUGAGCCGAGCAAGCACUCCUGGAUUCGAUCUGCCCAACCGACAGCUAUCAUCGGACAGCCAAGGUUCGUUCGUAUUAGUGGACGAGAAUGUGAAUACCCCCAUCAGCAUAAGCAGCGAGAUGUUCCCAGAUACCCUCGGGGAUGGCGAGCGUGCAGCGCCAUCCUACAUAUACUCCAAGUACGCUCUUCCUAGAGGGAAGAUGCUGCAGCGAUCCUCCCAGUUCGCAGACCAGCAAACCCAAGGUCUCGCCGCGGACCAAGUCGCGGCGGCACCCCACGAUUCACAGGCCAUUGGCCAAGCACCACCAUCCCCUCCUACCCGCCCUUCCAGCUCGACAGGAAGUCAUUCACGACCAUCCCUUGAGCGGAGCAAGCUCAGCAAAGAGGUACUGGGUGCCGCGGUUCAGUCGUCACCUUCGGCUAAGGGCCGGCGGGCCUCGGAAGACUCGGGCGCAGGUCCUUCCAAGAUGUCACCACAUGCUGGCGGCGUUCGGCGGGCACGGACGGCGGGGUCAACAACGACGAGCGAGUCGGCGAGCACGCUACGGCCGGCACGAUCCAUGCACUCGCUCGCCUCGGCCGCCGAGAUACCCGCAGAGGAACACGUGGCCAAGGCCAUCGAGCUACAUCAACAAGGGUCCCUCAGCGAGUCGACCUAUCACUUACGACAUGCAGCAAGGCAAGGCCACCCGACUGGAAUGCUACUUUUCGCGCUCGCCUGCAGACACGGAUGGGGAAUGAGAGCGAACCCACGCGAGGGCGUCGAGUGGCUGCGUAAGGCUGCAGACUAUGCUGGACUUGAAGUUGCCGACGACGAAGGUCAGGCCAAGGAAGGCAAACGGGUGGACUUCCUCGAGAACAAGACGCGGAAGGCGCAGUUUGCACUCAGCAUAUACGAGCUUGGCGUCAGUCACAUGAAUGGCUGGGGAAUCGAGCAGGACAAAGCGCUUGCGUUGAGGUGUUUUGAGAUUGCCGGCAACUGGGGCGAUGUUGAUGCUCUGGCGGAAGCCGGCUUCUGCUACGCCCAGGGCGUCGGGUGCAAGAAGGAUCUCAAGAAGAGCGCCCAUUUCUAUCGCAUGGCCGAGGCCAAGGGCAUGAGCAUGGUGGGCAACAGCUGGAUCCACAAGUCAAAAUAUGAUGACAGUGCCGAGACCUCGUCCUCCCCGAAGUCUGACAAGAAAUCUCGCUCCAAAUCACGGACGCGAGGUGGUCUAUUCAGCAGAAGGCACAAGGACAAGGAUGCCGCAGAGUCGUGAUACCCAACAUAACCUCGGGCCACGAUGUCGGCAGCAGCACACCCCCGUCAGCAUAAUUCUCCAAAGCACGCUGGCACACCGUAUAUACAUGUUACGUCCCGUAUGAUAAUGACCCCCUGCACAGUUUUAGCCUACAUACCCCCUCUUCGCGUUUCUCAAAACGGAGUCUACAUGGGAUUUGCUUUUGGGGGGAACAUAGCAGGAAAUUUUAAGCAAAAAAGUGCAAACAUGACUUGUUGCAGGUAGAAGGGAUAGGCACGGUGUGAGGCUACUCCGGUUGAUAUGCUUUAAGGAGGAAAGGAUCUGAAGUGCAGGGUCCCGUAGGGGCCUCUGCCCUUUAUAUACACGUGACUCCCUGUCCUCCUUGCUUACUAAGCUUCCCUUUUAACGCUUGGAAGCGUUAUACGUUUCCAGGCAAGGGGAUCGCUCUUCCGAUGCUUUAGGCAUUUAAUAUUUAUGCUUAAAGCUUUUUCAUAACAGUAUAUACUAUUUAUUUUGUAACACACCCCUUAGGCGAGCCUUUUAGGUUGUUUGUAAAUAAAACAAAGGGAAAUUGGUUGCUAUGUUAAUGG